AUGAGGUUAAGAAGUCACACCAAACUUCUUGAGGCUCAAAGAAAAGAACAACAUUCUAGUGAUACGUAUGAAUUUAAUAAGUCAGAAGAAGAGCAGCAAAAAAAUUUAGAUCAAAAAUUAGAUAAGGAGAUAGACGAACAUGAUAAAAGAGAAGAACAACAACAAUCCAGUGACGCGUAUGAAUUUGAUAAGCCAGAGGAAGAGCAGCAAACAAAUAUAGAAGAUCAAAAAUUAGAUAAAGAGGAGGACGAACAUGAUAAAAGAGAAGAACAACAAUCCAGUGACGCGUAUGAAUUUGAUAAGCCAGAGGAAGAGCAGCAAACAAAUUUAGAGGAUCAAAAAUUAGAUGAGGAGGAGGACGAACAUAAGGAUGAAGAUCUAACAAAAGAUGAAAUCAUGAAGCCUUUGACUCCUCAGAAGUUGGCUGAAUUUGAAAAGGCCCAAAAUAAAACCGGAUUAGUAUACUUGUCGCGAAUUCCACCAUUUAUGAAGCCGGCAAAAAUCAAGCAUUUAUUAAGUCAAUUCGGUGAAAUAGGAAGAGUCUACCUUGCACCUGAGG